AUGGGACUUAAGUUUGUGAUCAAACAGCGCCCAGCAGCACAAGACGACGAAAACGAAAACGAAGGAGAGGAGAGCACUAAAGAGGAGGAGUUAUCCAACGUUUCUCUUUUGUUGGAGCAAGAAAAGACGAACACUGAGGAAGAUGAUUCGAUGAUGAUGCGACGAGAAGAAGAAGAACAAGAACAAGAAGAACAACAAAAGUGCACCGCAGAAGGCGUUCCAAUCGCAUUCCCGGACGAGUACAGAGGCACAUCGGCGAUAAUCAUCACCCCGGAUGGCAUCACCAUGCACAGAACGAGCCGUGGGGCGUUUAAAUGCGGGCAGUGCAAGUAUUGUUCGCAACCGAAUUUAAAGCAGAAGUGCCUGUACAACAACGCGGUGAAGAUACAGCGCGGCGAAAACGCUGCUAAUAAUUAUAAUAAUUCGGGGGUUCCUAAAGCGAGAAGCGCUAUGGCGACGUCAUACGUGGUACCGGCGUCGUAUGCGAACUCGAAAGCAGCGGUGGCCGGCGCGGCGUUUUUCGACAGCGAUCAAAAGCAAAAGAAUAAGCUCUUCGCGCCGAGGAAGUUCGCCCCGACGAAAGGUAAAGAGGAGGAGGAAAACGCCGCAGUCGACGGGUUUAUUCGGAAUCGAGGACCGAUGGCGGCGCAGAGCAAGUACAUUGGUAUCAUCAAAACGUCCACGGCGAAAGUGGUCGUGGCGAAGAAUUUUGACGUUAGUAAAGAAGGCAUCGCAAAGACGGCGACGCGAUGGAGGAAAGAAAAAACGCGCGUGCCGAACGUAGAUUUCGACGAGGAAGAGGAAACGGAAAAGUUUGGAUCGGACGUUUACUUGUGGAAAAGGCAAAAGGGAGAAUCGUGCGAACGACCGACGUGGACGCCGUUGCCGGAAACACCGCCGGAAACGAGCGAAAAAAAGGAGAUGGACGAGGACGACAAAGCGUUGUUGCAACCGAUUUUACCCGGCAUGGACGACGGACAGAGAGCUGCCGCGCCGCGACGUUACAAUUUUCAAUCAAAUACAGUAGCAAUGGCAGCAAACGAAUCGAAGGAUGGAUCGUCGGACGUGAAACCUCUCCUCGCCGUCCCGGUUCCAUCCGCCGGCGGUCGCGUCUACAACGACAAAGUCGAUCCGUCUCUCCUCGUCGUCGCUUGCAAUGAACCGGGAUGCCUAGAACGCUUUCUGGACCGCCCACGAAUGCUUCGCCACGUCGCGAACGCCCACCGCGAGAAAAGAUACAUCUGCACCUGGGAAAAUUGCGGAAAAGCCUUCGUCGAUAACAGUAAGCUUCAACGACAUAUCGUCACGCACACGCAAGAGAAGACGUUUCUCUGUGACGUGUGUAACGCGAGCUUUGGGUUGAAGUUCAAUUUGCACACGCACUUAAAGAACGUCCACGGGAUUCUUCCCUAG